GGCAAAACAGAAGAAGGGGGCGAAAGGGGGUGGGGAAGAGGCGAGGGUACGCAUCAAUUUGUACAGUCUUCAGUUGGCACCCCUGUUUUCCCCUGCAACGAAAAGCAAGAGAUUUCUUCUGCGUUCUUGUUAUGGUCGGAGCCCGUUUCAAUAUGAGCCAGCGCGAGCCUCUGUUGACAGACGCCUUGGCUCUGAGGUGUGCGUGUCUGCGUGCAACAUAAAACGACAAAACAGGGAGAGAAAGGAAAGGCAGAGUGAGAGUGGGAGAACGCAUCGCUGGAUAACAUAGAUUUUGGUAGCUCUCACGGUGUAACACAGGCCCUCAAUAAACAACUGGAACCACUUCAGUCCCUGCGAUGGCUUGUGUUAUAAAAUGGAUGUUUUAAAGGAGAAAAAAUGAAAACAAGGACACACAAAGAAUCGAUGCCCAUGCGCAGUGGGCGACGGAGGGGGGCGAGUGAGGAGAGAAGGGGUAGACGCCCGCACCCCAGCCCCACUCGGCCAGAGCGCAACGACAGGCAGACGCAAAGAGGUGCUGGUGAGGAAUUGGCUGGGAAUCGCUUCAGUCGCAGAUCACAAGGGCAUGAUUCAUCAGAGAGUGAGGGGGAGGAACUUGUGUCUCCUCCAAAGAGGCAGAAAGUUCAGGAUUCGGCCUCUACCCCCAAUCCUCCAACAUCAACUCACUCCACUGACAGCUCAACUCCUACCACUGUCCCACCCCCAACCUCAGUUGCCAGCCAAUCCCGUGAGAGUGACAACGAAGACGGCCAAUCCCAGGGCAGUAGGAGUUCAGUUGUAGGCAGCCUAGCAAAUAGCAGCAGUAGUCUGAGCAGCGGGCGGGACAUAGACCAGGACAAUCGGUCCUCAUCUCCAAGUCUUUCUGCCUCCCCUCUUGGGAGCUUGGACUCUGAUUCUGAUGGCCCCGAUUCCCCAAAGCAAGGAGAACGGGACAAAGUUAAAGAGGGAGGGGCAGGCAAGGUCCCAGGUGAGGAUAGGAGAGCACCACGAGAGGGGAGAGGAGAGGAAUCCUGUGGAGAUGGAGAAAAGCAAGAAGUAGAGGCAGUUGAGGACUGCCCCUCGCUGAAGGCCCCCUCCACUCCCUGCUCCUCCUCUAGUCUUACUCCUUCUCUCCGUGGGGCAGGAGAUUCAUCAAACGAUAGCAAUAGUGGGAGGAAGUCAUAUUUCUCCCUGGACACCAAAUUAAUGUGUAAAGUUGAGUAUGGUGCACCUACAGGUGUUGAUGGCCCCCUAACUGGCAACAGAAUGACUUCCAAAGCUAACACACAGUGUGUGACAAAGACAGCUCUCUCUGCAGGAGAUUUUUCCCACAACAGCCCCAACAUGUCCCACUCCUUACCCCCUCCGCUGCCUCCUCCACCGGCCCUGAAGCCGCUGGAGCUCGGGGGACCGAAUUUGCCCAUUGAGGUGAAGACGGAAAGAGAAAAAAUCGAAAAGGCAGACAAACUCCUGGACAAGACUCAGUCCACGCCCCCAUCCCUGCUGCCACAAACCGGCCCCCAGCCACAGCCCCAGUCCCAGCCCCAGACACAGCCUACCAACCACCCUCACCACUACAGCUCCACCAGCUGGCAGGGUGGCACAGCAACCGGUUGCCAAGGAAGCUGGGGCUACACCCGUUACCCUGGCAACCACCACCCACACCAACCUCACCAGCCCCCAGUACAGCAGCAGCAACUUCCCUCCGUUUACAACCCUCCAUCCUCUCGCCACUCCUCCUCCCACUCCUCUUACCUCCCCCAUCCUCACCCCCACCCCCACAGGGAGUACCUUCCCAGGUACGCCGGAGGGGGAGGGGACAGAGAGAGGGGCGGUGCAGGAGAGAGGGAGCGGGGAGUGAGGGGGGAAUGCGGAGGGAGGGAGAUGAACCGGGAGUUCUGUGCUCCCAUUGGCAACAGUAGCAGCAACAGCACUGGGGGAAAUAGCAACAAUGCUUGUGGUGCGAUGCAAGGUAGAGAGUUUGGCAGUCUUGCGGUAGGUCAGAACAGGGAGUAUCCAAGUUCUGGGAGAGACGGGCCAAACAUGGGUCCAGAAAGAAGAGACUUCGGUCCAGCUUUCAGAGACCGGGAGCGUGAAAGGGAACGUGAAGGAGGAAGGGAGUUCAAUCUGGCAAACCAAAACCAAGGAAGAGACUUUGGCCCCGGUGGAGCCUCAGGGGGACACCCCAGAGACAAAGAUGGGACCAGAUGGGGGGAGUUUGGAGGCCAGUCGAGAGAGGUUGUUAGUAACAACAAUCCAAACAACUCCAUCCCACAGGGAAACCCCCCAAGUUCAAAUAGCGGACUACCAGUCACCCCAAUGCUGAACCGCGACCCACCUGCAUCACCUCAAAACAACCCUAAUCACCCUUCGCAUUCAUCCCUGUCCCAACACUCCCACUCGCAUCCCCCAAGCUCAUCGAACCGAGACUUCCCUCCACCCAUGGACCAGACACAAACACCCUCCUCUGGAGCAGACCACUUCCACAGGGAAUACCCUCCCACUGGAGGAAAAGACUUUCCUCCAGGAGGACCUCAUUCUGGUGGCACAAAUCGGGAGUAUUUAAGCUCUCCAGGUGUAACUCCAAACCUGGGACGAGAGUAUUCAGGGCCUGGAGGAACCCAGCACCCCCACCCGCCUCAUCCCCACUAUCAGUCUGGGCCAAAAGAAAGAGAGAGGGACACAAAUCUCAGAGAGUCUGCUCUUUACCAAAGCCGUGGAGGCCCAAAUCAGCCUCCUACUCUCUCUCCCUCCUCCUCUUCCAGCCAUCAUGGAUCAUAUCCCCAUUCGACAUCUCAGCCUCCUCUACCACCACCUCAAGGCUCACAUACCCAACAACUCCCCCAAAGCAUGGCUCCCAACGUACGUCCCUCCCACUAUCAGUCCUCUGCUCAGACUCCUCCAACGCCCUUAUCACCCUUGCCCAGCCCAUCCACCAAUCAGAUGGGGGCCUUCUCCUCUUUUCCCCCUGGCUCCUCCUCUGCACCCAACAUACAGCUUCCUGCGCCAGGUGUUCCAACCAGCUGUUCACCUGGAUGUCGCCCUUCCCCUUUCCACGGCACUUUGAACAGCCACCCUCAGUUCAGUGGAACAUAUCACUCCAACGGGAACAACGGCAGUAACGUGGUGAGCAGCAGUAGCAACAGUAGCACAUCCAGUAGCAACAGUACCAACUCUCAGUCCCUCUCGCCUCAAACCAUCUCAAAGGGACCUCCGCCUCUGAGUAGCUCUGCAAACAACAGCCUCACCACAGCUGCCUCGAGCUCCUCACUCCCCAGUGGGGACGGACGUCCGGAUUCAGGCCCGCCUCCCACGCCCGUCAUCAAGGAAGAACCGAUCGAGGACAGGGAGGAAAGUGAAAGUCCACCACCGGUGAUGAGAAGUCCGUCACCCGAACCCAAGCCUGUGGAUAUUCCCAUCCACGCCAGCCAGUCAGCUCGGUUUCACAAGGUUCUCGACCGCGGAAGUGGGAACUCCUGCGCCCGCAGUGAUGUCCUCUUUGUCCCGUUGGACGGCUCAAAAUUGUGGAAAAAGAGGAACGAGAUCAUUGAACGGGCCCGUAGGGAGGUCGAACAGCGAGCCAGAGACCUAAGAGAGAAAGAAAGGGAACGAGAGAGGGAGCGUGAGCGUGAAAGGGAACUGGAUCGACAUCUACAGCAGAAGGACGUCAACGCUGCUGGAGGAGGUCGCCAGGGCUCCUCACUCUUCUUCCCCCCCUCAUCCGCCAUCAUUCUCGACCCAUCGUCUUCUUCCGCCUCUUCCUCCAGCCAGCCAGUGCCACACCAUGUCUCUCACCCCCAGCAUCACCCGUCACAUCCACAUGCUCACCUUCCUCCAGCUCACCAUCUCCACCCAGGUCUUUCCCACUCCAUCCCUCAUUCCCUUCUCUUACCCUCUAUGGGUGGAGCUUCAGCAGUUGUUGGAGGCCCUCAGGGGGCUCUGGGAAUAGGUUUGGGAGGUCCGUAUUUGGGCCCUGACACACCAGCACUGAGAACUCUUAGUGAAUAUGCACGCCCCCAUGCUAUGUCUCCCCUCGGAGCAGCAAGCCGUGCCCAGGCACACCACCCUCAGAUUCACCACGGUCACCCCCACGUCCACCCAUCAUUCUUCCUCCCUCAGUUUCAGAAUCAUGCUUUGGGCCACCCACACCACCUGCCCACCGACGCUGCCACAGCAGCCGCCAUCCUGGGCUUUUUGUACGGUGGGAGCCUUGAAGGUGGCCCGGGUGUUGGUGGCCACCAUGCGGUGGCCGGAGGCCCAGUACCAGGGGGUAUUGGGGGUCCAGGAUUAGGAGGUGUUGGCUUUCCUCACACGGUUGCAGCUCAUCGAGAUCGGAUGAAGCCCGGAUUUGAAUUCAAGAGUGACGAGCGAGUUUACCCGCCAGGAUCCAUACCUGAUCCUGCAGCUAUUGCUCUUGCUCACUCACAUUCACAUGCCCAAGCUAAUGCUCAUGCUCACGCUCACUCCCUGCUCCUUGGAGGAGGUGCAGCAGGAGCUAAUGAGGUAUCGCUUUAUGGCACCCCUCCUCCAGCUCCACCUGGACCUCAGCACCUCCAGAACCCAACCUUGGCACCGCUGCCCCCUCUGCCCCAGCAGCCCCUGCUGCUCCUCCGCCAGCUCCUCCUCAGCCCGCUCCACCUACUUCCAGUGCCGCCUCCCUUCAUCACCCAGUCCCCCAUUCCUCCUUUCCCAGCUCCCUGUCCACUCAUCUGCCACCAGCCCCUGCCCCAGCUGCUCCCCCCGAGACCUACCCUACACCCACCCGCUCCCCUGCCUCCUACGAGCGGGACAGGAGUGGCGAAAGAGAGCGGGACAGGGAGAGGGACAGAGUGGCUUUGCCGGCCUUUGGGGACAGAGAGCGAGAAAGGAGAGGAAGUGGUGGUGGUGGAGGAGGAGGAGGAGGAGGAGGAGGAGGGGGAGGAGGAGGAGCAGGAGGAGGGAGUGGAGGUGGAACAGGUGGAGGAGGUGGAGGAGAGAAUCUGGGGCGUCUUCAGAUCGGCGGGCGGGGUUCACCCCCUGAUGGACCCGUUGGCAUCAGGGUCUCCUUUGGCACGCCUCCCUUACCCAGGAGCCACAUUGGGCACGCCCAUCCUGGCUCACCCCCUCACUGACAGCGAGGUGCUUCGCCAACAGCUGUUCGGUGAGGAGAAGGCUCCUCGUCCAUGUACUCGUGCUCCUUUCCGUGACUUGCCCCAACCGUCCUCCCUCUCUGGUCCCAUGUCAGCAGCCCACCAGCUCCAGGCCAUGCAGCAGGCCCAGAGCGCAGAGCUGCAGAUUCAGAGACUGGCCCUGGAGCAGCAGUGGAUCCACCACCAUCACCACCACUCCCUCACCCAGGACGAGUAUUACAGUCACCUGAAGAAAGAGAGUGACAAGACCCUGUGAGGGAGGGGCACGACAGAGAACGGCACAGAGAGAACCGAGGGAGACUUUGUGCAAGGAGAGAACUCAUAAAGCAGAAGUAAAGCACCGAAAACAAUGAGGGGAACGAAGACUUAUGAACAAAAA